CGGUGGUGGGAAUCAUGGCUGGGUGCAGAGGAGCAGCUGAGGUUGGACUGAGAGGGUCCUGCCACUGCUCUGAGCCUGCCCUGACCCUCGCUGGAUGAUAUCCAGGAGGUUUUAUCCCACAGCAAGGCAAUCCCCUGGUCGUGGCAGCUGAUUUUCCUGCUCCCAGGCUGCUCCUGCUUGGAGUCAGCUUGUAUUUAAGUGUGGCUGGGUGUGCAUGGGCUCAGGAGGGGAAGGCAGAAGCUGGGUAGGAGGAGAGAGUUGUUCCAGUCCUGGCCCUUGGACUCAGGAUGCCAUCCAAUCCCUCGUUCCCUGGGGCAGAGGGUGACUGGUGCAGUUCUCGUGCUUGGAAAAUGACUGGCUCCAUGUCCAGGCCUUGAGUCACUGGCUCCUGCCAUCGUGGGCUGGUGUUUUCCACUGGCAGACCACGAGCACUGACCUGCUGCUUAUUUAUAGCUCAGUGUUGUUGUGGGGACUGUGAGGAGCCAGGACGGGGUCUCUGCCUCUCCUGACACAAGGCUUCAUUCCAGCAAAGCCCUCCCAAAGGACCAGGCUGUUAGGAGCAGCUCUGCUCUCGCUCCAGUGCCUCUGCUCCCUGGUGACAUGUGAAGGCACCGCCCGGCACAGGGAGCGGCAGCAGCUGAGAUGCAUUCGAGCCACACUGAUGACCCCAAGGAAGCCAUAGAGCUGAUCAAGAAGCAGCUGGUGAACGCCAUCAAGGCGCUGCAGAAGCAGUACGUGACCUCAGAUGCUGUUGUAACCAGUGAUGAUGGGAAUGCCAACACCCUGUGCAGUGCUCUGGAAGCUGUCUUUGUGCACGGGCUGAAGGCAAAGCACAUCAAGACAGAGAGUGGGGGGAAAGGGAAGAAAACAGGGAGUCGGGCACCACUUCCCCAACCGGUCUUCUGGGAUCUUUUGAAGAGCAUCACCCACCGAAAUAUCAUCUCUGAGUUGGAGCAACUCAUUUUUAUCAACACGGAUGUGGGGCGCUGCCGAGCCUGGCUGCGGCUAGCUCUCAAUGAUGGCCUCAUGGAGUGUUACUUGAAGCUGCUGCUGCGGGAGAAGUCCCCACUGCCUGAAUACUACCAAAGCACUGCUCUGCUCUUAGAUGCUGAAGAGUGUGAGUUUCUCCUUUGCUACUUGCAAGGUUUAACAUCCUUAACCUUCGAGCUCUCCUAUAAAUCAGCAGUUCUGAACGAGUGGACUAUCACCCCUCUGUCCCUGUCGGGGCUGUGUCCUGUUUCGGAGCUGCUGGAGCCCCUCACAUCCUCAGCAUCCGAACCCCACAGAAAAGCAUCGCUGGGUUCCAUCUCCCACUCAUCGGGCUCGGAUGAGAUCGAGAUUCAACCCUCUGUCCUCUCCAUCAGCAAAGGCAGCAGCAAAAUCAAGCUCACAUCAUCCUCGUUGAGCCUCAACACCACCAGCUCAUCCCAGCUCUCCUCCAGCCUGGGCUCCGACAGCAUCCUCCCAGCCCACUGCGCCCGCAGCCCCGAGGGGGGAGAGGAGCCUCUGUCCUGCGACUCCGACCUGGGCACUGCCACUGCUGAGGACCUGGACCGGUCACUGCAGGAGGUGCUGUCCGAGUUCAGCAAAGCCAAGCCUAGCCAGGAAGCCCCAGAGGAACGGCUGCUCCCCAGCAUGCUGGGCUGCUCCCCACAGCCACCCGCCUGCCCUGUGGCCACAUCACCCCCUGCUCUGGCAGUGCCCCAUGGAGCUCCCCAGCAGCCACCCCCCAGUGCAGACAGCCCCGGCUCUGCUGGGACGGGUGAUGCGGUGAGCACCGGUGGUGGGGAUGGAGAAGGAGUGCGGGCAGGCACUGCUCCGGCCCCAUGCCAUGCUGGGCCCGGCAGAGGAGAGCCUGGCAGGAGCAGCACGGAGAGCAGCAGUGAGGUGAACCAGGCCGUGUGCAGCCCGACAGCCGAAUACCUCCUGUCCCCACUGCUGGGUUGUCCGAAAAGGAAGAGCUGGAUCUCGGAAGAUGAUUUCUACCGACCUUCCCUAGGAGAGAGCAGUGAAACCGCAGCCAACACCAACAGCUUUGGCCCGGAGGGGGCUGGGGAGGGUCCUGCCCCAGGACUCAUCAGUGCCCUUGACUUGGAAAGGCUCUCAGUGCCAUCCUGGGAGAGCGGGAAGCCCAAAGCGUCACCGGAACGGGAGCAAAAGGGCUUCAGCGUGGUGCACCGCAGGCAGAUGGGGCUUUCCAACCCUUUCCGAGGGCUCCUGAAGCUGGGCACCCUGGAGCGGAGAGGAGCCAUGGGGAUAUGGAAGGAGUUCUCCUGCGAGCUGUCGCCGCUGGAGCUUCGGCUCCUGCUGGACCACGAGGACCGCAUCUGUGUCGAGAGCUACUCCCUGCUGCGGUGCGAGGCGCUGGCGCUGACGCACUCAGACGGGCGGUUCGAGCUGGUGUUCCUAGGGAAGAAGCUCUACCUCCGAGCUCCUUCUUGCGACGAGGCCGAGGACUGGUUGGACAGGAUCCGCGAGGCGCUGCACGAGUGCCGGCCUCAGCUGGAGGAGGAGCAGUGGGAGACACUGGAGUACCCAGAAGAGGCUGGUGAAGGCCAGCCCAUCCAGAGCGACUCCACUGCUCUGCUCCAGUACAGUGACGUGCCUGGGAACAGCUUUGACUGGACUCCAGCUCAUGAACCAGAGCUGGAUGCAAUAAAAGAGGCUGUUCUGUACGUGGACAUGGACAAAACCUGGGUCCCUUUUAUUUUUUCCCUGUCUCUAGAAACUUUAAAGUGCUUUAAAGUCAGGAACAAUGACAAAAUUUUAAGCAACAGUUAUGGCAUAGAGACCAUCCAGGACAUCCUGCCGGACACAAGCCUCGGGGGACCCGCCUUCUUCAAGGUGAUCACCUCCAAAGCUGUCCUGAAGCUGCAGGCUGAGAACGCAGAAGAAGCUGCCUCAUGGAGGGAGCUGGUCCGAGCGGUGCUCAUGUCCUACCUGGAGAGUGCAGAGGAGGCUCUGACGCUGGGUGGCAGCUUGGACGGGCACUCCCAGGUCGUCCUGAAGAACAUUGUGAAGGAAAACGGCUUCUUGUUGCAAUACCUGGUGGCCAUCCCCAUGGAGAAGGGCCUGGACUCUCAGAGCUUCAUCUGUGCAGGCUGCUCCAGGCAGAUCGGCUUCUCCUUCACCAAGCCCAAGCUCUGCGCCUUCUCCGGUCUCUACUAUUGUGACAGUUGCCACCGGGACGAGGAGACAGUGAUUCCCUCACGCCUCAUCCACAAUUGGGACCUGGCAAAGCGAGGGGUUUGCCAGCAGGCCUUCAAGUUCCUCAGCCAGAUCCGUAACCAGCCGCUGAUCGACCUGGAGUUGGUCAACGAGAGCCUCUACGACCACGUGGAGAGGAUGGGACGGAUCCUCCGAAGCAGGGAGCGGCUGAAGCUGCUGGGGGAUUAUCUCAUCAUGUGCCGCAGCGGGGCCCUGAAAGAGCUGAGCAAGCGGCUUGAUCACAGGCACUACCUCUUGGAGUAUCCCCACAAAUACAGCGUUGCUGACCUGAGGCAGAUAGCUGAUGGUGUCUUUGAGACCUUCCUGCAGUCUCUGCUCCAGUUCGCUUCUCACCACGUCUACAACUGCGACCUGUGCACCCAGCGUGGCUUCAUCUGCCAGCUCUGCAACAGCAGCGACAUCAUCUUCCCCUUUGAGUUUGACACUACCACCAGUAACAUCCCGAACCUGGAGAAGAUACCAACAAGACCAGGAUCUGCGGGCACCCCAUGCAUUAACGUGGUUGCAAAUAUUCCCAGGGUGUCUGAGCAGGAUUGAAUCGUGCUUGUUACCAAGGACAGCAUCCCCAUGGGAACGGUUUUCCCUUAAGGAAAGGAGCACAGGGGCUCUGGCAGGCGCAGCUCUGCCGGCAGCUGGCCCCUGUCCUGCUGGGCUCUGCACCUUGUUGAUCUCUGCUUCUGGAGGAGGAGGCUGUGCAGCAGGAAAGCAGCUCCACCAACAUCCUCACCGAGCUCAACCCCGCUUCCUGCCCCUCUGCCCGCCUGGGGCACAGCCGGCAGCAGGGUCAUGCUGUCACCCGCUGCAGGAUGCGCCUCAAACGCCUCCUGACAAUAAACCCUCUGCUCCCAGCAGCAGCCGCUGCUUCCUGCAGCCCCUGUGCAGGCAGGAGGAGGCAGGAGAUGCUGCUCGCUCAGGAGCACUCAGGGUGAAUCCCCCCCUUGGCUUUGCAUGUCCCCUCAACACUGCUGCUAAUCCAGGAGCCAUGGGAAAAGAGAUUUCAUUGGGAAAACGCAUGGUGCCAGGCAGCACCCUCAUAGGAUCACAGGCAGGUUUGGGUUGAAGGGACCUUAAAGCUGAUCCACCCCCCUGCCACCGGGGCACACUCCCCUCUCCACUCAUCCUGUGGGAAAGCAAGGUGCCCAGAAGCGUUCUAGUUGCACCUUGGGCAACACGGUCACGGAAGGUGUCCCUGCUCCACGUGUUGGGGUCUCCUGGCUGCCCUCCAGCCCCAGUGAGCACAGGAGCCCCACGGCGCCGUGUCCCAGCCCUGCUCUUUCCGGGGUUUGGGGUCUCAGCCGUGC